ACCAAUCACGAACCAGGGCACCAUAUUGAAUCGUUGUUUUGAUCCAAUCCUUUGCUCUUUUACUACAGUUUAUUUUGGGUUUGUUUUGUAAUUAAAUAAACCACAACUUGAAUGAGAAGACAACUGAGUCCAUUUUUACACGGUAUCAAUGAAGUUAACGGAUAUUAAAAAGUUAAAAGUGGCGGAGCUGCGGUCCAGACUUAAAGAAGUUGGACUGGACAGUAGAGGACUGAAGGCUGAGCUGGUAGAUAGGCUGUGGGCUGCUUUAGAGCGAGGACACACUGGGAAAGACGAAGAAACAGAGGUGAAACUACAACAUGACAACUCACCGACACCGUCAGCACCGACGGAGAUAGUGGAGGUCCUCGCUCCGUCCUCAUCACCACCGACAGACGCUGGUGUUACUGCGCCAUGUGGCCCAGACAGCACCAAGGAGUAUACAGACACCGGUACACAAACUGAGACCGAUGUGACCGCACUACAACACGGCUCCGAGGUUGUGUCAGAGUCCGUGAGGGAGCACCAGGCUGAGGGAGGAGAGGUGGAUGGUCCCGGAAAGGACAAGAGAGCUGUGUCAUCUGAGGAGCUGGGCAGAGGAAGAGCUUUUUACGAGUUCAAAGAGGAGAUACGAUACAAGAGAGCCAAAUCACCACAACCUCCAGUGACCAGAGAGGAAGCAGAGGAGAAGGAUGAAGAUAGAGUCAGACUAGAUCCAUAUGACAGUCACCUCCACUUUGAGGUGGGUCCUGAUGGAUCCUCUGGGCAGCCACGUUUCUGGGCUCAGUUCCCCUCACUGUGGUCAGGUUCCAGGCUCUCCCACGGGGUGCUGCAGGGCAGGGUGGGCUUUGAGGUGAGGCUGGAGAGGAAGUUGCUGUCUACACAGCUGGAGGAACAAGAGGUCACAGAGCCCUGUGGUCUGAGAGUAGGCUGGUCAGUGGCCGACACCUCUCUGCUGCUGGGUGAGGAUGAACUCUCUUUUGCUUAUGAUGGGCGCAGUAAAAAAGUGUCAGGUGGAAAGGAAGAGGAGUUUGGAGAACCUUUCUCAGAGGGAGAUAUCGUUGGCUGUUACGCUUCUUUCUCCACAGACGGUGCCGUUCAGAUAUCUUUCCAUAAGAACGGUCGUCUCAUGGGCGUGGCCUUUUCCCUGGGCACCUCUGCGCUGCGGGGUCGUCCUCUGUUUCCUCACGUCCUCUGUAAAAGCUGUUCAGUCAGAUUCCUGUUGGACCCCACAACCUCUCCCUGGUACCCCAGCCCUCCAGGUUUUACACCGCUGGCAGCUCUCCCUGCUGGGCAGAGAGUGCGCUCUACAUUGGCUCCUUCUUCGAGAGCCCAGUGUGAGGUGGUGUUGAUGGUGGGUCUUCCUGGUUCUGGGAAGAGCCACUGGGCCAGGACUCACAUGAAGCAGCAUCCAGAGAAACAGUACAGGCUGCUGGGCACAGAGGAGCUGCUCGCAUGUAUGAUUAGUGGUGGACAGAGGGAUGGCAGGCUGCGGCAGGCCUGUCAGUGUCUAACUGAUUUAAUCAAGAUGGCUGCUCAGACCCGUGGCAACUACAUCCUUGACCAGUGCAACAUCCUCUUCUCGGCACGUCGUCACAAGCUGCAGCUGUUCACGGGCUUCAGGCGGCGGGUGGUGGUGGUUUUUCCAUCUGCGGACGAGUGGAAAAGACGACUGUUGCAGCACGAGACGACUCAGGGGGAGCAGAUCCCAGAGACCGCCCUGCUCAAACUCCAAGUGAGCUGCAGUCUUCCAGAGCAGCAGGCUGACCUGCUGGAGGAGCUGCAGUACGUUGAGCUGCCCCGGGAACAGGCACAGACUCUCCUGCAGGAGUACAAAGACUGUGCCCGCAGACUGCUGCCCCCCAUCCCCAAACAGGAGAAGAGGAAACCCAGACUUCACAGGAAAAGACCCCACCUGCACGGCCCUCCACCAUCACACAGGAUCCAGUGGGCAGGGAUAAAUGGGUGGAACGACCCGAGACUCAGUAUGCAGUCGUGGAGCCAGCACCCAAGAUACUGGAACGUGGUGUAUGAGGACCAGAGCUACAACAGAGACUUUGUUUACAGCGGUUACGAGGGUUACUAGUGAAGAAACUGAUGAUGCUGCAUCACCUGUGUUUACAAGGACAAUAAGUCCAUUGAUCAGCCACAGAAUGUAUGUUACACUCUCUGCUGUGAUUGGCCAAUGAUAAUCAGUGUUGUAGUAUUUAAUAAUUUUAACAUCAGGACACUUUUUAGGAUUUUUAUUCAGAACAUUAAAAAACAUUGUAAUUAGUUUUUACUGUACAGUUUAAAAGGUUGAAAAAUAUACAGUAUUUUGCACAGUUUUAACAACAGUGUUGGUCAGAGGGUGCUUAAAGUCAAAGAGUGAAUAAAUCCCUGAACUCUGA